AUGCCGAUAUUGGUUUGGCAACUACCGAAAAGCAAGAAGCUAAAAACUUUGAAGUAUAGAAUAUGUUUUAGAGAAUUCUUCGACCGAGUUGAAACAUGA